CACGUUUGGCAAAACCUCUGUCGUAAUAUACGCAGCGUAACCGACCAAUAGAAUAGCAAAGUGCCGUGACGCCACUUCCUGACCGGUAGUUUUGCGGGAAGUUUGGUCCUCACACAUCUGAACGUGCAGUCAACACCAAACAACAAAGUCAAGAUGCCUCCUAAAGCCAAGGCGGCGGGGAAAGGCAGAGCUCCAGCUAAGAGGCAGCUGGCAGAGGAGUUCCCACCCGGAGAGGUCCUGACAGACACUGGGAAGAAGGCCUGGAAGCUGGGGGCUCCAGUCGGCCAAGGGGGCUUCGGUCUCAUAUAUUUGGCUGAUGAGAAUUCUGCAAAAGCCGUGGGUGCGGAUGCUCGCUAUGUCAUCAAAGUGGAGCCCAGUGAUAAUGGACCACUGUUCUCUGAGCUCAAGUUUUACAUGAGAGCUGCUAAGCCUGAUCUGAUUCAGAGCUGGAUGAAGUCUCACAAGUUGAAAAAUCUGGGAGUUCCCAGGUACUGGGGCUCAGGUCUGCAUGAGAGAGGGGGGGGAAGGUAUAGGUUCAUGGUUGUUGACAGGCUUGGCACAGACCUGCAGAAGAAGUUUGAAGAAUGUGGAAGGAGGUUCCCCAGAAAACUGGUCCUGCAGCUCGGCCUUCGACUGCUGGAUAUUCUGGAGUACAUCCAUGAUCAUGAGUAUGUGCAUGCUGACAUUAAGGCAUCCAACCUUGUACUGAGCCACAGCGAUCCCAACCAGGUUUACUUAGUAGAUUAUGGCCUGGCAUAUAGGUACGCACCCGACAGCGUCCUAAAAGAGUACAAGGAAGACCCCAAGAGAUGUCACGACGGUACCAUCGAGUUCACAAGCAUUGAUGCCCACAAAGGAGCAUAUGCGUGUAGGCGGAGCGACCUGGAGAUCCUGUGCUACUGCAUGGUUCAGUGGCUGUGUGGACGCCUGCCCUGGGAGGACAAGCUGCAGGACCCCCUCUACGUCAGAGACUCUAAAAUCAGGUGUCAAGAAAACAUCUCUGAAUUUCUGACCAAGUGUUUCUCCCCUCAAGACAAGCCAGAUGAGAUCCAGAGGUUCAUGGAGGAGGUUAAAUCUCUGGGAUACCAAGACAAACCGCCAUAUGAGAAGUUACGCUCCAUCCUGCAGGCUGGACUGAAGGCUAUCCAGGCUAAAGAUGACGGCAAACUGGAGUUCACGCCUGUCAGUGGGGCCGUAUCAUCUCCUGCCAAGAAGACCACCAAGAGAAAGAAAGCGGCAGACGAAGCAGGAGAGAGUGAGACUGAUGGAAGUGUCAUCAAGAAAAAGAGAGCCACAAAGAAGAGAGAAGUGAACGGAGUGAAGAAAAGUUCCCAAAAGACUCCUAGACCAAGGAAAGUACCCAGCACUGGAAAACAGGGUGAACCCAAAUCCAGACUGGUGGAGAUGGGCACCCAGACCUCACCUGGACUUGCCCUGAAAUCCAGAGGCAGGACCAAGAAAACCAGCUCCUAAGCACCCUCCGGUGUCUACACUCCCCCUCCCUCCUUGUGUCUCCUCCGCUUCUUAAAAAGAUCACUUUUUGAAGUUUUGUAUAGGUUUUUCUAUCUGUUACGCACUGAUAGAUGUUAACGUUUGACUGUAUUUGGUGUGGUUGAAGCCAGAUCCAUUGUAAUAAAGAGGAAAUGAAAUUGUC